GAGGUAAGUUGCUUAUACCACCUCUGGAUUUCAACAUGUUGCGGCUCUAUCUCUGUCUCCUGGUAGCCCUGGCUGCCAGCGAGAACAUCAAUUACGACCCUUUCCUGAACUCUAAAAAAACGUAUGAGUAUAAAUAUGAGGGAUUGGUGCGAGUGGGACGAGAACUGCCAGACUUGAUUGAGUCAGCACUGAAGCUGAGGUGCACUUUUAAAAUAAUUGGUGAAUCACCACAAACCUUUGUGCUUCAGAUAUCAAAUGUAGAUGUUGAAGACUUUAAUGGCUUACCCAGGAAAAGUGUCUUCAGCCCUUCCCAAAAGCUCACUAAGCGUCUAUCUGCCGAGUUCAGCCAGCCAGUCGUUUUUGAAUUCUCUAAAGGACAAAUUACUGACAUUCGCACAGCACCUGGUGUCUCAAACACAGUUGUAAAUAUUGUGAGGGGGAUCCUUGGAUUUCUACAAGUCACAGUCAAAACCACACAACGUUUUUACGAACUGGUGGAGUUGGGAAUUCAUGGUGUAUGUCAAAGCAGUUACACUGUUGAAGAAGACAAUAAUGCCAAAGAGUUGAAAGUGACCCAAAUGGUUGAUAUCACCAACUGUCAACAGCCAGCUGCUUUAUACCGAGGUAUGGCACUUGCCCCUGAAGACAAAUUUAGCAAACAGAGAGGUGAGAGUGUUGUUUCAACGGUGAAACACACCUACACAGUGAAAUCCACAGCAGAUGGCGGUUUGAUUACUAAAGCAUUUGCUCAGGAGCGUCAAUACUUCUCUCCAUUCAAUGUAAAGGGAGGAAACUCCCGAAUGUUAGCAUUACGGGACAUUGAGCUUCUCAAAGUUUCAGACACAACUGACAAAAUAGUGACCGGACAGGUGCAGAGCAGAGGCAACCUGAUGUACAGGACAGAAAAGGUCUUCAACCCAAUUCCCGUUGUGAUGAUCAACCUGAACGAACCAGUGCCAAAGAUUCUAGAUUUAAUUAAGCGCUUGGCACAGGCUAACAUAUAUCAAGUGGACAGCUCAAGCAGCACUGAGGUUCUGAAUCUAAUUCAGUUGCUACGUGUGGCAACACGUGAUAAUCUAGACCAGUUAUGGAAGCAGGUCUUGGGAAAUGAUGAGCACAGGAGGGGGUUCCUGGACUUGGUUGUGGAGGUAACAGAUGAAAGGAUCCUCAAAUUCCUUGAGACCAGAUUCAAAGCAGCAGACAUUACAGCGAAUGAGGCAGGACAGGCACUGGUAGUGGCAUUUAACCACUUGUCUGCUGAGCCUGUCUCAGUUGCAUUAGCUCAGGAGUUCCUGUCAAUACCUUUAAGCAAAUCCCAGCCUCUCCUGUGGAACACUGUAGUUUUGGCAUAUGGUUCUCUAGUAUACAGAUACUGUGUGUAUACUGAUCCCUGCCCCGUCACUGUGGUGCAGCCAUUGCUGGAUAUGGCUACAAGUGGCCUAAGUAAAAAUUCGGAGGAGGAUAUGAUCCUUGCACUGAAGGCCUUGGGAAACGCAGCUCAUCCCUCCAGCAUCAAGACUCUGCUAAAGUUCCUUCCAGGCUACACAUCUGGAGCUGAAAAACUUCCAACUAGAGUACAGAGUGCUGCAGUUCUUGCAUUCAGACUGCUUGCAAGCAGGGACCCCCACAAUGUACAGGAUAUUGUCUUGAACCUCUUUGUACAGAGGACUCUUCCUGCUGAAAUCCGCAUGCUGGCCUGCAUGGUGCUUCUAGAGACCAAGCCAUCCAUAGCUCUGAUCUCAGUAAUAAGUGAGGUCCUGUUGGAGGAAACUGACCUUCAGGUUGCCAGCUUCUCCUACUCUCUACUCAAAGGCAUUGCCAAGUCCCGCACCCCUGAUAAUCAACAUCUAUCCACUGCCUGUAAUAUCGCCAUGAAGAUUCUUAACCCCAAACUUGGCCACCUGAGUUAUCGCUACAGCAAGAAUAUGCACUUUGACUGGUUCCAUGGUGGGUUUACAUUAGAAAGAAUGUUUCUCAGAACAUGUGAUGCUGGGAAUGGUCUGAUGCUGUAUCUUGUCUCAUCAGAUGACUUUUUAUUUGGGACAUCUGCUGACAUUUAUAUGCUGAAAAAUGAAAGUCUCAUACCAACAAAACUUAUGCUUAAGGGAAAAAUUCAUUUCAUUGGGAGAAUAUUGCAAUUUCUUGAGCUUGGUGUCCAUGCAGAUGGAAUCAAAGAGCUGUUUGCAGGAAAAAUCCCUCAACUCAAGAAAGAUUUAGGAAUCACAGAUUUUGCCACUAUAAUGAAAAUUCUCUCUGACUGGCAGAACCUACCAAAAGACAGACCUCUGUUGACAGCAUAUGCACGCGUUUUUGGACAAGAAGCCUUUUUAAUGGAUGUAAGCGGAGACUCCAUUCAGAGCAUCAUAAAGUCAUUUAGUGCUUCUGCAGGGAAGGAGAGUAUGGUUUGGCAAAAGAUUCAGGAUGUUCAAAAAGGGACUUCCUGGCACUGGACCAAGCCCCAUCUUGUGUAUGAAGCUCGAUUUAUACAGCCAGCUUGUCUUGGUCUCCCAGUUGAAAUCAGCAAAUAUUAUUCCAUAGUAAAUGCUGUUACAAUGAAAGCUAAAGCUGAAAUCAAUCCUCCCCCCAAGGAACAUCUGGGAGAGCUACUAAGCUCAGACAUUUCCCUACACACAGAUGGCUUUGCUGGGGUGACAAAGGAUCAUUUUGUUUUUCAUGGAAUCAACACAGAUCUUUUCCAGUGUGGUGUUGAGCUGAAGAGUAAGAUAAUAAGUGCCCUGCCAUGGGCAUUUGACUUGAAAAUAAACAUUAAGGAGCAUAAGUAUGAAAUGAACUUGACUCCAAGCAAAACGGUCACUGAAUUAUUUUCAGUCAAUUCUGAUGUGUUCGCUGUUUUGAGAAACAUUGAGGAUCCAUCCUUAUUCAAAAUAACCCCCAUGAUGCCUGAGACAGCGGACUCCCAACAGGGUCUGCCACUGGCCAGGAUUUUACCUACUUCAAGGAAUGAUCAGACCGAGGACUCUGAGGUGAAAUUCAGGCAAUGCGCUGAUGCCAAGAUUUAUGGAACUGCAGUCUGCAUUGAGGCAGAAGCCAAACGAGCACACUACCUUCAUGAAUAUCCUCUGUAUUACUUCCUGGGACGUACCCGCUUUUCAUAUCAACUCGAACCAGCUAAGGGUGCCAAACCCAUUGAAAAAAUUCAGAUUCAGGUCACUGCUGGCAGAAAACACCCUCCAGGAGUCAGUGAAAUUAUGAAUUUCACCCACAGAGUAUUCAAGGACACAAGAGACGAGAUCACCUCCUGUGAGGAAAACAAUUUAUCCAACUCAUUCCCAGCAUCUCAGAAUUUAGAUGCCACUCCAGAACCUGUAGUCACAGUAAAAGCACUUGGUCUAAGUCUGCCAGCAAAACUUCUGGGCUAUGAAGGUGUAGCCUUUAAUCUGCCAACAGCCCAAAGAGACAACAUUGAAAUGAUAGUCUCUGAAGUUGGUGAAGAAGCAAACUGGAAAAUCUGUGCCAAUGUUAAAGUAGAUAAGAGUCAUUCAUCAGCAAAGGCCCAUCUCAGAUGGGGUGCGGAGUGUCAGACAUAUGAUGUGUCUAUGAGGGUGUCCGCAGCAUGCCAGCCGGAAUCUAAACCUUCCAUACACACCAAGAUCAACUGGGGAGCUCUGCCCUCAGUGUUCAUAAUGAUUGGUCAAAAAAUUCAAGAGUACGUGCCUGGCAUUUCUUAUAUAAUGGGUUUCUACCAGAAAUAUGAGAAAAACCAAGAACGCCAAGCAGCUGUCACUGUUGUGGCAUCCUCACCAGAGACCUUUGACAUGAGAGUGAAAAUUCCAGAGCGAACAAUCUACAAAAAGGCAAUUCCCUCACCAGUCGAUCUUGUGGGGUUUGAAGCUGUGAACUUCACCAUGUCGAUCUAAAAGGCUGGUGUUACAGAGCACUUCUGGAAAGACCAAACCGACAAAGAAAAAUGGAUCAUCAAAUAUUCUGAAUUGUUUGUAUUCCUGACAUUUGAUUAAUGACUGAUUUGGAUAUUCAAAUAUAUAUACUAAAAUCAGUA